AUGGACACACCCCUCCUACCCAGACCCAACAACAUCACCAUGACGACCCCUCCCAGCUCCUUCCAGCCAGAGCCCCUGACCCCCCCUAGACCUCCCCACGGGGCCCCCUCCCCUUCCUCCUCCUCCCUGAAGCCCAACCAGGUGGGUCAGGUGGUGCUGUAUGGGGUGCCCAUCGUCUCCCUGGUAAUUGACCACCAGGAGCGCCUGUGCCUGGCUCAGAUCUCCAACACACUGCUGAAGAACUACAGCUACAACGAAAUCCACAACCGCCGUGUUGCACUGGGCAUCACGUGUGUGCAGUGCACCCCGGUCCAGCUGGAGAUACUGCGACGUGCGGGCGCCAUGCCCAUCUCCUCACGACGCUGCGGCAUGAUCACUAAGCGCGAGGCCGAGCGCCUGUGCAAGUCCUUCCUGGGGGAGAACUCGCCCCCCAAGCUGCCCGAUAACUUUGCCUUCGACGUGUCUCACGAGUGCGCUUGGGGUUGCCGCGGUAACUUCAUCCCGGCACGCUACAACAGCUCACGGGCCAAGUGCAUCAAGUGCUCGUACUGUAACAUGUACUUCUCGCCCAACAAGUUCAUCUUCCACUCCCACCGCACGCCCGAGGCCAAGUACACGCAGCCCGACGCCGCCAACUUCAACUCUUGGCGCCGCCACCUCAAACUGUCCGACAAGACCCCGCCCGACGACCUGGCGUUCGCCUGGGAGGACGUGAAGGCCAUGUUUAAUGGGGGCAGCCGAAAGCGUGCCCUGCCCUCCUCCCACUGCGCUCCCAUGGGACAGAUGAAGGGCAUGGGCUCCGUCCUGCCCCACAUGAUGUCAUCCCCAGAGCUGGGGAGCCAGAAGAGGGGCCGCUUUGAGGAGGAUGAGGACCUGGAUGUGAACAGCCUCUCUCCCAGGAAGGCCCCACGCAGCUACCCCCUCAUCCCCGUGCCCAGUAAGAGCUUUGGCAUGCUGCACAAGUUCCCCCCCACCUCCCUGUUCCCCAGCCCUUACUCCUUCCCCACCUUCGGCCUCUGCCCCCAGAAGAAGGAUGACAGCGAGGCUCCUAAUAGCCAGAAACCCGCCGGUCUGUCUGGGCUGCUGUGGCCGGGGCGUAAGGACACCUUCUACCCGCCCUUCUGCAUGUUCUGGCCCCCCAGGGCCACCGGGGGCAUCCCAGUGCCCACCUACCUGCAGCACCAGCCCAGCGCCCUUUCUUCACUGGCAGAGAGCCCUUCCCUCAGGCAAGCCUUCCUGGACUUGUCGGAGCCCACUGAGCCCGGGGCAGGGGUGGGCGCAGGCAUGAGCACCAACCCCAGGUCAGGCCUGUUUGAACCGGAGUGUCCGGCAGUGACCCCUGACCUUCGACCUGUGACCUCAGAGGGCUGGCUGAAGCUGCUCGACCACGCCCCCUCCCUCCAGGCUAGGAAAAGCAGCUAUCACUCCGCCUUCCGGCCUGUCGUCAAGGAUGCGGAGAGCAUCGCCAAACUCCACGGCAAUGUGACGGAAGACUUCGGAUCGGACCGCCACCUGUCUCCCACCACCAGCUGCAGCUACGGCAGCGAGAGUGGGGGAGAGGGGGAGGGAGACGGGCCGGAGAGCGAGGAGGAGGGGGAGGUGGACGUGGAGACCAAGCAGGAUGAGGAGGACAGCUUCAGCAGCAGUCUACACCUGAGAGGAUUGGGCAAGGGGGGGGAGGAGAGAGGGAGGGACAACGGAGACUACCCCGGCACCCCCCCAGCCCCCAGCCAGGACCCCCCCAGCCUGCCGGCCUCUCCCCCCGCCAGCCUGGCCAUCCCCAGUCCCAGCUCCAGCCCUCCACACCCUCCACUGGAGGAGGCCACCUACAAAAACGUACACAAAAACAGGGAGGAAGGACUUCCUGCCUACGCCACCAAAGACAACGUCAGCCACGCCGAUGACAACAAAGAACAGAGCAACUUCUUCCUGUCAGAGAGUGAGGCCUCAGGACAGGAGUACUGGAGGGAGACUCCAGGUGACCAAACGCAAGAAACACCAUCCCCUGUGUCACUGAAGAAGGAUGUCGAGAACAUGGAGAAAGAGGAGCUGCAGAAGGUUCUGCUGGAACAGAUAGACCUGCGGAGACGACUAGAACAGGAAUUCCACGCUCUGAAAGGCAACUCACCCUUCCCCGUGUUCCAUAACUUCCAGGACCAGAUGAAGAGAGAACUGGCCUACAGAGAGGAGAUGGUGCAGCAACUGCAAAUGAUUCCCUAUGCGAACAUGAUACGAAAAGAAAAAAUAGGGACACAUCUCAACAAAAGCUAAAUGGUCUCAUCACAGAGUUUCUGUGAAGCUGUGCAGCCUGGAAGAAAAAGUACAGAACGCACAGCACUGCUCGAACCACC